AUGGUGCCAUUCUCGCCACUUCGCAGGUUCCUUCCUUUCCUACUAACGACUUUGCUUCUCACGUCUCAAAUGAGGCCACUCAGAAGCAGUGAUAGUAGCGAUCGGGAUGUUGUGGAUGAGUGGCUUGAUGAUGAAGUCAGUAUCACUCUUGAUGAUAGCGAGAUGUGGGACGAGAGCACAACUGUGGAUAAUUCCGUCUCACCCAGCUCGUCACCUGUAACGGACUAUUUCGAAAGCGAGAAGGAUUUCGAAAGUGAGGAGGAGUUUGGUGAUGAUGAGGAGUAUGAGUAUGUCGAGAAUCUCGAGAAUGACGACACCAGAGACCCUCAUUCAGCCCGGGGUCGUCGUUCGGUCACACCUGAAUACCGUCCGGCAACGCCCGAUUAUGGCCAGGCCACUCCCGACAAUCUGGUGGUUGUUGAACCGCUUCCGUUUAGGCCUGGUCAUCGUCGCCUUUGA